AUGCCGUUCCCGGGCGGGCUGUGGUGGCUGGUGUGCUGCAGGCAGGGCUUCACCCUGCUCCGGCGGGACUAUGGCGAGCCGGACAAGGAGCCGGACGGGGAGGCCGAGGAGGAAUCGUCCUUCGAGCUGCGGAGCAAAGGAGCCCAGGGGCCGCUGCAGCUGAGCCUGACCCAGCCCGUCCGCACCAGCAGCGGCUCCGAACGGUCUCUGCCGGUCUCGGAGGAGAUGCGCAGCCUCAUCACGGAGAAGGGGCCAGGGCCGGGGCCAGUGGAGGAGGAUCCUGAUGCCAUUGUGAAAGGCUGGCUGCAGAGGGAGGCGCGGGGGGGCGUGAAGGGCCCGUGGAUCCGGCCCCGGAAAUACUGGUUUGUGCUGACCCAGGACUCCCUGGAUUACUACAGCGGCAGUGAGGUGGGAGCCAGGCGCCUGGGCACCCUGGUGCUCACCAGUCUCUGCUCCGUGCAGUGGCCCGACAAGCAGACCUACAAGGAGACCGGCUACUGGAGCGUGACGGUGUUUGGCCGGAAGCACUGCUACCGCCUGUACACCGAGCACCUGAACGAGGCCGUGCACUGGGUGUGUGCCGUGCAGAAGGUGAUCCACAGCAAGGCCCCCGUGCAGACGCCCACGCAGCUGCUCAUGCACGACAUCGAGGAGAACCGCGGGAGCCCGGAGAUCCUGGAGCAGAUCUAUCGCUGCAACCCGGUCCUGCGCUACACCAGCAGCCCGCUCUAUGCGCCCCUGCUGCCCUUCCCGUACGGCAGCUCCGGCCAAAGCGCCCCCGGCCCCCACGGCUACAUGACCCUGCGUGACGAGGCCGUGAAGCUCUUCAACUCCCUGCAGCAGCUGGAGUCGGAGCGAGACCCGGUGUCCCUGAUCCAGGGCGUCCUGCAGACCUGCCUGGAUCUGCAGCCCCUGGUUGACGAGAUCUACUGCCAGCUGGUCAAGCAGACCACGGAGCCGCCGGCGCCGGGGGGGCCUGGCAACCUGCGCUACUGGCAGCUGCUCACCUGCAUGAGCUGCACCUUCCUGCCCUCCCCGCCUGUCCUGCGCUACCUGCGCUUCCACCUGGGCAGGACGGAGCGCGAGUUCCCCGGCUCGGAGAUGGCGGAGUAUGGGCGCUUCAUCGCGGUGGCCCUGGACAAGACCCAGGUGCGGGAGUGCGUCCCCUCGCUGGACGAGAUCGUGGUGCUGAUCCAGCGGCAGGACAUGCUCUGCACCGUGCACUGCCCUGGCACCUCUGCCUGCACGGUGGCCAUCAGCUCCCACACCACGGCCGAGGAGGUGGCCCGAGAGCUAGUGGCUCGGCUGGGCUUGUCUCAGAGCCCCAACGUCUUUGCGCUCUACGAGCAGAGUCGGCACCACGAGCGGCCCGUGGGCAGGGCCACGCUGGUGGCCGACGUCCUCACCAGGUUUGAAAACCUGGCAGGGGAGGAGACGACGCAGGACUCGACCUGGAGACUCUGCUUCAAGCACUACGGCUUCCUGGACACGGAGAACGUGCCCCGGGACAGCGUGGAGUUCACCCUCCUCUUCGAGCAGGCCCACGAGAUGGUGAUCCGGGGCUACGUGCCCACGUCGGAGGACACGCUGCAGUCCCUGGCCGCCCUGCGCCUGCAGAGCCUCAACAGUGACUUCUCCACGCACGCCCCUGUGCCCCGCCCGGAGGAGCUCUUCCCCGUCCACGCGCUGCACUCCCGCCUCCGGGCCUCCUGCCAGGGCCCACCCAGGUGCCCCGGCGCCCGCCUCCGCGCGGGGCUGCUGGCCGGCGCCCUGCCCUGGGGCCACUCGCUGGCCAAGCAGCAGGCGGAACAGGACCAGAAGCUGCGGGGCCGCCUGCGCGAGGAGGGCGCCAGUGUGAUGGCUGCCAUUGUGGACAGGUGGAAGCUGCUGCAGGGCAUGGGCCGGGCCGAGGCCAUGGCCGCCUACCUGGCGCUGGUGCGGGAGUGGCCGGGAUUCGGCUCCACCCUCUUCGACGUCGACUUCCACACGAGCCCGGAGGGCAGCUGCCCCCAGCGCCUGUGGCUGGGCGUCGGGGCCAAGGCCGUGUCUCUGUACAAGCCCGGGGAGGCCGAGCCUUUCGACAGCUUCUGCUACGGCCGCAUCUCGUCCUUCGGGGUGUCUGACAGCAGCACCUUCCACCUCUCCGUGGGGGACAGGGACCUGCUCUUUGAGUGCUCCCGGGUGGAUGAGAUCGCCCAGCUCCUGCACACGUACCUCACCAGCCUGGGCACCGGGCAGACGCCCCCGCGGGAGGAGCUGGCCGACGGCUGCCGCCCUGGGGACUCACUGGACUCGGGCCUUCCUCCCCCGCAGCAGAGACUGUGCCCAGCAAGCGCGCCCUGGCGGGGCCAGCCCAGCGCAGGCUCCUUCCCCAUCUAG